UAGAGGUAAUAGGUUUAUAGACUUCAAAGUCGAAGUCAAUUGUCGUCGAGGUGAUAGAAGGCUGCUCUGCUAGCCCAUGCAUAAAUUCUCUGUACAUCUGUGUCGUUUUUCAUGUCAUAAAGUUUCCGUUCGGGGUUACAACCAUGAAAGACCCUUGCUCGCCAUGUCUUCUAUUGAAAAGAGACUAAUAUUAGAGGGAGAGCAGAGAUGCAGAACGGUAACUAGCUUUUGAUUUAUAAGCCUGGUCGAGGUCCGUGGUGGUUUGGCUGGUCUAGAUUAUUUGAACUCUGGUCGUGAUUCUCCAGGCCACUUAAAUUAGAGAAAGCAAGUUCAUCUAAGAUUCCGAACCUGAGGUAGUUUGGACUUGGCCGUAAACUCUGAAGAGCAGGUGCUUCGGAGAGUAUGGCUUUGGUCGGUUUAAAUCUAGGAGGAACUAAGGUCUCGAACUACUGCAUUCACCGAAGUAGGAUCCCGCAUGAAUUGUAGUGGAUAUUCUCCAGGUUACAGAGAUCAUUUACACAUGACUGAGUACUUGCCGAGUCCUUGCCACAGCGAGUCCGAAGUAGUUGGUCGAGAGCACCGAGAUGCUGGCAGAAGUAGCAAGUUAUCAGAUCAAAGAGCUCAUGUGCCAGACUUGGACUUUGGAGUGGCUGCUAAGUGGAGCUCUACUGGGCAGAUGUCUUCGUGGUUAGUUAUGGUACCACUUCCUCUUCCUUCCCCUAUACUUCUACUGUUGGCUGGGCAGUGACGCCCGUUACCGGAAACAGCGUAUUGUUUCCCCCUGAUAGUACACUAUCGGAACAUGUCAGUUCGGGAUCAUCAAACACUAAUUUCGGUGGCGCAAUACCAGUGAGUCUUAUUUUGCAAUCUGUGGGAGGUGGUGGUGGGUUCUUUUCCAGCAGCCCCCAAGCAAUGAGAUGCGACGCAAAGGAGCCGUACCAAAGCCCAGUGCCGAUUAUGAAUGCGGCCCCAAGAGAUGAUUGGGGUAAGAUUGCAGACGCCCUGAGUCAUCACCAGCAACUACCCAGUCACAAUGACAAAGCGCAGCAGGGCAGCAAUGGUUGCGGUGCGCAAACCAGAGAGGAAGCAAGAGACCAAUCCGCUGAAAUGGACGAGGAUUCCAUAGCUGCUUGGGUUGAUGGAACGAUCACGGAGAUGAUGGAAGCUAUGCCUGGAGUAGCGAUUGAGCAAUUGUUCACAAAUCUCCCCGAAUUUCUAUCUCCGUGCAAUUUGCAUUUAAAAGGUCUCAUUGGAUGUCGUCUUCAAUUGCUACUUGGAGGUGCGGGCUAUCCAUCGAAGAACUUCCCGCCACCGGGACCCAAUAGAUCUGGCAAAAGAACACGAGAAGUGCAAGUUGAGUGGACGAACUCGAAGACAUUUCAAAACGAGAGCCAGGACCUUCACGAGACACUCCCUCGCCACCACGUCAGGCCGGAAAACUUCAUUUCGCAGAAAAAAGUUGCAGCUUCGCUUUCGAGAGUGGAUCUUCGUUGUCCCAAACCUUUAAAACGAAGCAUUGACAAUCUGCAGCUUUCUCUUGAACCUGCGGAUGAACGCAAUUUGCGGCAUUUGCAUAUCGGCCUGCAAGCUACUCAAAAAGAUCAAUCCAGCCAUCAAGUUCGACAUUCGAGAGCUCAGUCGACUGAACCAGUCCAACAGCAUUACCAUAAACUUCAUACACAUAACGUGCAAGACAAAGCUGAUGGUUUUCUGCAAAGGUCUCCAGCGCCGUCUAGCGCUUCACAAUUUUCAACUCUUAACACCAUGGGCUCUGAGGAUCCUCCAUCCCAGCCGCAAAAAUUACCCCAAACUACAGCUCAGAAUGCACAACGCGAAGACACAGUUGCUCCCGACGAAGGAUUGCAGCUCAUGUCGCUGUUGCUUCAAUGUGCUGAGGCCAUUUCAGCUGACGAUAACAAUCAAGCGACUGCGAUUCUCCCACAAUUAAGUGAGCUUGCAACCCCUUUCGGCACGUCUGUUCAAAGAGUGGUUGCGUAUUUCGCCGAAAGCAUGGGGUCUCGACUGGUGACAUCCAGUUUAGGCAUUUGCCGUCCUCUCCCCUGCAAGCAGCCAGCCAGUAACCAGAGUAUAGUCUCAGCAAUGCAGGUUUUUAAUGAAAUAUGUCCUUUUGUGAAAUUCUCGCACUUCACGGCGAAUCAAGCCAUUGCAGAGGCUUUCGAAGGUAAGUUCAACGUACACAUCAUCGAUGUCGAUAUAAUGCAGGGAUUGCAGUGGCCUUCCCUUUUCCAGGUUUUGGCAUCAAGAGCUGGAGGUCCUCCUCACGUGCACAUCACUGGGCUUGGAACAUCUGCCGAGAGCCUCGACGCAACUGGUAAACGACUGAAAGACUUUGCAGGGAGUUUUGGAAUUUCGUUCGAAUUCACUGCCAUUGCUGACAAGAUGAGCAACGUCGAUAUAUCCACCUUGAAGGUAGCAUUCUCAGAUGCCCUGGCCGUCCAUUGGAUGCACCACUCGCUCUACGAUGUCACCGGCUCCGACCUCGACACACUGAGCCUGAUUCAGAAGCUAAAUCCAAAGGUUAUCACUCUCGUUGAGCAAGAUUUCCGCCACAGUGGAACAUUUCUGAGCAGAUUCCUGGAAGCACUACACUACUACUCCGCCAUGUUUGAUUCCCUGGGCGCUACGUGCAAGGAUGAUAGCCCCGAACGCUACAUGGUCGAGCAGCAACUACUGUCCUGCGAGAUCAAGAACAUCGUCGCCUUCGAUGGCCCAGGCCGCAAGAUUAACCACAAGUUCGACCAGUGGCGAGACGAGCUGAGCAAAGCGGGAUUCAAGCCAGUUUCACUGAGUGGCAAAGCAUCACACCAAGCAGCGUUGCUGCUGCAGAGUCUGUUUCCCUGCGAUGGGUACACGCUGCUGGAGCACAGUGGCUCUCUCAAGCUUGGAUGGAAGGACUUGUACUUGUUCACUGCCUCUGCUUGGACCCGCGUGUAGUUCCUGGCAGAUCCUAAUCCUUCUCGCAGCGAUGGUGCUUUUGGUUUUCGGUUCACUGCAGAUCUAGACAUUCCAGGGUCCAGUCAACCUUCACAAGUUAUUCUAGUUUACCUAUAAUCGCAAUCUGUGCUCAGUCUUGUACAUUCUUUACGUGGGACCUUGCAAAAGACUUCAAACAGACCUAAGAAUGGAUCAUGCUCUAAUUUACUACAUGUGUGUAUCUAGGCUUGUCUAGAAUACUAGUCCGGCUUGGAAUCUGAUGUGCAACUUGGGGUCCAUGCUCAUGGAUUGCUCUGGUUUAAAAUGCAACAAGAUUCACUGGACGGAACAGUCGUUGUAAGUUAUCAACUUGGGUUUAGCAUUCCCUGCACACAUCUACAAUGAGAUUGAUGCAUUCCAUGCUCUAAACCCCAUUAUACUUCUC